GGGGUCUCCAGGUUCGUUGGAUUCUGUCCAGGUCCGACCAAGUUCCUCGGGAAGGAUCGAGCCGUAGUCCAGGGCAGGAUUCGUCGCUCUCGGCUGCCGUCGGGGGUCCUCCGGAAGAUGGACAAGAACGGCACUUGCUUGGAGGAUGAGGUGGCCCCGCGAUCCGACGGGGUCUCAUCUCUGGAUCCUCAACUUAUCCAGAAGCUGCUCUCCGCGAGUCACGAAGCCAAGGUGUUUGCCCACUGUCCGUACAGCAAAUUCCGGGUCGGAGCCGCGCUGCUGGCACGCAACGGGAAGAUCUACCUGGGCUGUAAUAUAGAAAACGCGUGCUACACGUUGGGGAACUGUGCGGAACGCGCCGCCAUCCAGAACGCUGUGUCCGAGGGGUGCAAGGAGUUCAAAGCCAUCGCCAUCGCAAGUGACGUAGACGAUGAAUUUAUUACUCCAUGCGGAGCCUGCCGGCAGGUGAUGAGGGAGUUCGGGUCGGACUGGGAAAUUUUCCUGACCAAGCCAGACGGGACGUACGUUCUGAAAACCCUCCACCAGCUGCUGCCGAUGUCAUUCGGACCGGAGAAUUUAACCACCAAAUGACUGAGACGACAUGGAAGCCUCCGGGAUUAUUUUAAUAUUUAUUAAGUAGAAUCUGAUUUUACCAAAUGUAUUUUCCAAUGAAUACACUUUGUCUCGUUUUAUCCGA